AUGGCGUCGCAGGGAGUCACACUUCACCUCCCAUUCGCCCCUUUCCCUGCACUCCUACCCCCCUCCUCUCCUUAUCCCCCCUCCCCGGGGUCCCACCCCUCCGUCUCCCUGCAGCCAUCACCGGAGGACGAAGCGUCGCUGUGGGCGCGGCUGACCUUCGCGUGGGUGGGGCCGCUGAUCCGGGUGGGCAACGCCAAGGUGCUGCACGCCUCCGACCUGCCGCCGCUCUGCCCGCGCGACUCCACCGCCGCUGUCGCACCCUCUCUCAGGGCCGCGUGGCACGCUGAGACGGCCGCCACCCACAGGCGUCCCUCUCUAGCCCGCGCGCUGGUGAGCGCGUUCAUGCACCCCUUCAUGGCAGCGGGGGCGCUCAAGCUCAUUCACGACCUGCUGCAGCUCGCCUCGCCGCUGCUGCUGCAGCAGAUCAUCCUCCACCUCAGCAUGACGUCAUUCCACGUCACAGCUCCCCCGCACACAGCUGUAGCAGCAGCAGCGGUCAGCAGCUCACCGGAAGGCCUCUUUGGUCCCUCGCACUUCCUCCCCAACUCCUCGCUCCCCCUCCCCUCCACCCUCACACCGUCCCUCCACCGCUCGCUCCUCUCCACCCCUUUUACCCCCGCAGCUAUCCCCUUCACUUCCCCACUCCCCUCUCUCCCCCCAGCACCGCAACUCCUCUCCUGGAUCUUCUUCCCUCUCCUCUCUCUCGUCCCUCAGGCGCUCCCCCACAUGCAAACCCCAAUCGCCAACACCACACCCGAUUUCACGUCCCCAUUCGCCCAUGCCACAACUCACCCACUCCCUUUCUCUGCCUCCGCACACCCAUCCUCGUUACUAGCCGCCUCGCUACCAGCGUGGCUGCCAGGGCUGCUGCUAGCGGGGGUGCUGCUGGCGUGCAACGCGGGCCAGUCGCUCGUCGCCCAUCAGUACUUCCACCGCCUCUACCGCCUCUCCUCCCAUGUGCGCACGGCGAUGGUGGCGCUGAUCUACGCCAAGGCGCUGCGCAUCUUUGCUGCAGCGCGCCACUCCACCAGCCUGGGGGAGAUUGUGAAUCUGCAGAGCAACGAUGCGGAGAAGCUGGCGAAGCUGUGCAUCUAUCUGCACAUCGUGUGGAGUGGGCCCCUGCAGAUCAUGGGUGCAUUGGCCUUCCUCUUCCACUUCCUCUCUGUCAUUCCUGCCCUGGCGGGGCUGGCCACAAUGCUGCUGCUGAUGCCGUUCAACGGGGUGCUCAUGGGGCGCCUGUCAGCGGUGCGCCACCGCCUCAUAGCGCGCACCGAUGCGCGCGUGCGCCUGCUCUCCGAGGCCGUGGGGGCCGUGCGUGCCGUGAAGCUCAACGGGUGGGAGGCGCUGUUCAAGGGGCGGAUAGAGGCGAGACGGGCGGAGGAGAUGAAGGAGAUCACCGUCUCCGUGCUGCUCGAGGCCAUGGGGCUAUUCGUGUACUACCUCACGCCCAUGGUGGUCAGUGUGGUCUCCCUCGCCGCCUACGUGCUGCUCGGCCGCCCGCUCACUGCCGACGUCGCCUUCCCCGCCCUCGCCCUCUUCAACCUCCUCAGGUUCCCCCUCGCCAUGAUUCCCGAUCAAAUCAACGACUACGUACAAGCCAAGGUCUCUGCGGGCCGUGUUGAAAAGUUUCUGCUGCUGCCCGAGAUCGCUACAUUGGAAGAGGAGCCGGGCAGCCAGAAGGGCAGCAUAAAGCUUAGCCAUGCAUCGUUCUCCUGGGGAGGUGGGGCAGGCGCAGUGAACAGCACCGGUGGUGCUGAUGCUAGUGGUAGCAAUGAUUCAUGCAGUGGCAGUGCUGUUGCUUUGGUUGCGAAUGGCGCAGUGGCAUGUGAGAAGAAGGAGGAGGGUGGAGGGAAGGAGGGAAGGAAGGAGGGAGGGAAGGAAGGAGGGGAGGGGGGUGAAGGGAUGUUGGCACUGUGCGAUGUGACGCUGGACAUUCCACCAGGGCAGCUCGUGAUCGUGGUGGGGGAGGUGAGUGUAGAAGCAUGCAUUCAACAUGAUGGGAGUGGAGUGGACCAAGUACGAGUGGAAAGAAAAUCCCUCAAGCGAGAUUGCAGGCUUCUGAAAACUACCCUCCCUCCUCCCCUCGAUCGCCCUCGCCCAUUUCCCACCCCAUCCGCCCUGCCUCCCCCCAUCCGCCCUGCCUCCCCCCAUCCACCCUGCCUCCCCCCAUCCGCCCUGCCUCCCCCCAUCCGCCCUGCCUCCCCCCAUCCGCCCUGCCUCCCCCCAUCCGCCCUGCCUCCCCCCACCCGCCUUGCCUCACUCAGGCGAGAUAAGACACCUUUUAAAAGCAUUCACCCGCUUUCCCUCUAUUCCCCCCAUCCUCCCUACCUCCUUCUGCAUGCCCAGGUGGGAGCAGGCAAGUCAUCGCUGCUGGCGGGGCUGCUGGGGGAAAUCACUCGCGUGGCGGGCAGCGUGUCCGUGGCAGGCCACGUGGCCUACACCAGCCAGGACCCCUGGAUUCUCAACGCCACCGUGCGAGACAACAUCCUCAUGGGGGCAGCAGGCGAGGCAGCAGCAGCAGCAGUGGACGAGGGGCGGUAUCAGCGAGCCAUAGACGUGUGCGCCUUGCGCCACGACCUUGCCAUGCUGGCCGGUGGUGAUAUGGCUGAGAUCGGCGAGCGAGGCAUCAACCUGUCGGGCGGGCAGAAGCACCGGGUAGCACUGGCGAGGGCGGUGUACGCGCGGGCGGACGUGGUGCUGCUGGACGACCCACUCAGUGCUGUCGACACUCAUGUCGGCCGCCACCUGUUCACGGAGUGCAUCUGUGGUGAGCUGGCGGGGACCACGCGUGUGCUGGUGACACAUCAGCUGCAAUAUGCAUCUCAUGCUGAUGUCAUUCUUGUCAUCAGAGCAGGCCGUGUGGCUGCCAUGGGCACAUUUGACGAGCUGCAGGCCAGGGGCGUGGACUUGGCAUUGUGGGACGAGAAGCAGCAGGAGCCACACGAGCAACGCAAGGCCACAUGGCAACACGGCCUUGCUGCUGCUACUUCACCCGCUGUCAUAACUGCGACAGCACCCGAGCCAAUUGCACGCAGCAGAGAGGCGGCACAUAGCCCCAGCAGCGGCAGAGGCAGCGGCGGCACAGGGGAGGCAGCUGGUGGAAGCAGUGGCAGCAGCAGUGGUGUGGCAGAGAGUGACAACGACCUCACACGCCCACUGCUGCCUGACUCCUCCACAUCCACACAUCCACCAGCCAGCACCACCGCCCCUGCUGCUCGUAGUGGCAGCGCAGGCAGCAGCGGUGGCACUGCAGGGGGCGGGAAGAAGCAGAGGGCGGUGGGGCAGCUGGUGGAGGAGGAGGGGCGAGCAGAGGGCGGGGUGGCAGCAGGCGUGUACUGGGAGUACCUCAGGGCGUGGGGCGGGCGGGCGGGGUGGCUCAUGCCAGUGCUGGUGCUGGCGGUGUUUGGUGUGUCGCAGUCACUCAAAGUGGCCAGUGACGCCUGGCUCGCUGUGUGGACCGCCAAGACCUCCCAAGGCUCCUCCUCCGCGCCCUUCUUCCUUCUCGUCUACAGCCUGGCCACUCUGGCCACGGGGCUCCUCUCCUCCCUCCGUGGGGUGCUGCUGGCGCUGGGUUGCCUCACAGCAGCACGCUCGCUGCACUCCCGCCUGCUCGCCCGCGUGCUGCGCCUGCCCAUGUCAUUCUUCGACUCACAGCCGUCGGGGCGCCUGCUGAACCGCUUCACGCGGGACACGGAGCAGAUGGACCUGCAGCUGCCCGACACGCUGCUCUCCUACCUCUCCUGCCUCUUCCAGGUUGUGUUUGCAAUUUUGGUGAUAGUCAUCGUCACGCCGCCCUUCCUGCUGCCGCUCAUCCCCUUACUCCUCUACCGCCGCAUUCAGACCGUCUACAUCGCGGCCUCGCGCGAGCUCAAGCGCAUCGACUCGCUGGCCCGCUCGCCCAUCUUCGCCCACUUCAGCGAGACCCUCACCGGCCUCUCCACCGUCCGCGCCUUCCGCCGCCAGGCCGCCUUCUCCGCGCGCAACAGCCUCAACCUCGACCGCACCUCCCAGGCCUACCUCGCAGCCAUGGCGUCCAACCGCUGGCUAGGGCUUCGUCUGGAGCUGAUCGGCGCAUCGAGUGUGUUUGCCACCGCGUGCUUCUGCGUGGUGGGUGGCGUGGCUGCUGCUGCUGCGGCAGCAGCGGCGGCUGGUGGGGGCAGCGGCAGCAGCACGGGCUCGUGGGCUGCUGGGUUUGCAGGGCUGGCGCUGACGAGUGCGUUGUCGAUCACGGGGUACAUGAAUUGGAUGGUCAGGAUGAAUGCUGAGCUGGAGUCGCAGAUGAACGCUGUGGAGCGCAUUCUCGAGUACACCACUCUGCCCACCGAGGCGCCAGAUGUGGUCGAAUCUCGCCGCCCGCCUGCGGACUGGCCGCAACAAGGAGUGAUAGAGGCAGAGGGAGUGGUGGUGAGGUAUCGCCCGGAGCUGGCUCCUGUGCUGAAAGGACUGACCUUCUCCAUCAGAGCAGGUGAAAAAGUGGGGGUGUGUGGUCGCACGGGCAGCGGAAAGACAACGCUAACCAUGGCGCUGUAUCGAAUAGUGGAGCUGAGUGCAGGGAGGAUAGUGAUCGACGGCAUUGAUGCUGCGAGCAUUGGGCUGUGGGACUUGCGGUCGCGCCUCUCCCUGGUGCCACAGGACCCGGUGGUCUUCUCCGGCACUAUCCGGUGGAACCUUGAUCCCUACACUGCUGUUGCAGGGGCCGGAGGAGGGGAGCAGGAAGCAAGGAAUGGGUGGAAUAUGGAGGGGAAGGGCAAUGGUGGAAGGGUGCGAGGGGAUGUGGAGUUGUGGGAGGCGCUGACGCAAGCCGGCGUGGCGGAUGCGGUGAGGGCAUUGCCAGGUCAGCUCGACGCUGAGGUGGCGGAGGGUGGAGGCAACCUGAGUGUGGGGCAGAGGCAGCUGCUGUGCCUGGCACGCGCACUGCUGCGGCGCUCGCAUGUGCUUGUGUUGGACGAGGCUACAUCGAACGUGGACACGGCAACAGACGCGGCGGUGCAGGCAGCGGUGAGGGGAGGCGCGUUUGCAGCGUGCACGGUGAUCACCAUCGCCCACCGCCUGCACACCAUUGUGGACUGCCACCGGGUCAUGCUGCUCGAGGAUGGACAGGUGGCAGAACUUGAUUCGCCAGCGGCGCUGCUGCAGGAGAGGUCGUCGAGGUUUUCGGCGUUUGUGGAUGCCACCAUGCCAAGAGAAGCUGCUGCUCUGCGCCGAAUUGCCUCGGCAAAGUCUGUGGCGGCGAACGAGGGAUGA